AUGGGCUCGACUUCCCCCUCUCAAUGGCAUGUGUGGUCCCCUCAUGUAAGACAGGGAUAUGUUGCUCAACUGGGCAACCUGACCCUGGUGGGGGGCACAUACCAGAGCUCCUAUAGGUCUGUACACAGAGGACUGCAGCGACCACUCCAGUUCCUAGAACAGAGGAGGUGUCCGCGGGAAGGGAGGGCGACCCUGGCCCCCGGCCAACGGGCCAUGGACACAACAACAUAUAUCACCACAGGGAGCAAAGGAGGAGAUGGUGCCGAGACAGCAGCAGAGAGGCACAGAGGAGGCGCAAGACAUGCAACACAGAGAGGCACAGAGGAGGCGCAACACAGAGAGGCACAGAGGAGGCGCAAGACAUGCAACACAGAGAGGCACAGAGGAGGCGCGACACAGAGAGGCACAGAAGAGGCGCAAGACAUGCAACACAGAGAGGCACAGAGGAGGCGCAAGACAUGCAACACAGAGAGGCACAGAGGAGGCGCAAGACAUGCAACACAGAGAGGCACAGAGGAGGCGCAAGACAUGCAACACAGAGAGGCACAGAGGAGGCGCAACACAUGCAACACAGAGAGGCACAGAGGAGGCGCGAGACAUGCAACACAGAGAGGCACAGAGGAGGCGCAAGACAUGCAACACAGAGAGGCACAGAGGAGGCGCAAGACAUGCAACACAGAGAGGCACAGAGGAGGCGCAAGACAUGCAACACAGAGAGGCACAGAGGAGGCGCAACACAUGCAACACAGAGAGGCACAGAGGAGGCGCGAGACAUGCAACACAGAGAGGCACAGAGGAGGCGCGAGACAUGCAACACAGAGGAGGCGCAACACUGAGAGGCACAGAGGAGGCCACUGGACCGUGUUCACAGAAGUGUCUGAGGUCUUCAUCCUGGUUCCUGCUCUGCUCGGUCUGAAGGGAAACCUGGAGAUGACUCUGGCUUCUCGACUUUCCACCGCGGCAAACAUCGGACUCAUGGACACCACCAAAGACAUGUGGAAGAUGAUCAUGGGCAACCUGGCUCUGAUUCAGGUCCAGGCCACGGUGGUGGGCUUCCUGGCGUCCAUCGCGGCGGUGAUCUUUGGCUGGAUCCCAGAGGGCCACUUCAGACUGGGCCACGCCGUGCUGCUCUGUGCCUCCAGCGUCGCCACGGCUUUUAUCGCCUCUUUGCUGCUCGGUCUCAUCAUGAUCGGCGUCAUCAUCGCGGCCCGGAAAGUUGGCAUAAACCCGGACAAUGUGGCUACACCCAUCGCCGCCAGUUUGGGAGAUCUGAUCACGCUCUCGCUGCUCGCUGGGAUCUCCACGGGACUGUACAAGGAGCUAGAGUUUAACGACUACGCCAACCCGCUGGUGUGUGCGGCGUUCGUGGCCAUGUGUCCUCUGUGGAUCUUCAUCGCCCGAAAGAUCCCGUCCACCAGAGAAGUGCUGUACUCCGGCUGGGAGCCCGUCAUCAUCGCCAUGGCAAUCAGCAGUGUUGGGGGUCUGAUUCUGGACAAAACUGUGACUAAUCCAAACUUUGCCGGGAUGGCGGUUUUCACACCAGUUAUCAACGGUGUGGGGGGUAACCUCGUCGCCGUCCAGGCCAGUCGCAUCUCCACGUUCCUCCACAUGAACUCGUUACCGAUGGGCGACCCAAGCCCCGCCCCCAGGAAGUGCCCCACCCCCUGCACCUCCUUCCUCAGCUCCACCGUGAACUCGCGGUCGGCUCGGGUGCUCUUCCUCCUGGUGGCUCCGGGACACCUGGUCUUCCUCUACACCAUCAACUCUCUGAGGGGGGGCCACACCACGCUCACCCCCAUCUUCAUCUCCUUCUAUCUGGCCGCUGCUCUGCUACAGUACUUUGUCCUGCUCUUGUGCAUCUUCCUCCUGGAGGUUCUGGCUGGAGUCCUGGCUUACAUCUACUACCAACAGUUGAACGAGGAGCUGAAGCUGAGUCUGAGAGACACCAUGAUCCAGAAAUACCAGAAGAGCAACCAGGAGCACGUGACCAGAGCAGUGGACAAGCUGCAGCAGGAGUCUCACAGCGCCUCCUCAGGCAUGUCCUCACUGUCACAGCGCCUCCUCAGGCAUGUCCUCAGUGUCACAGCGCCUCCUCAGGCAUGUCCUCAGUGUCACAGCGCCUCCUCAGGCAUGUCCUCAGUCUCACAGCGCCUCCUCAGCCAUGUCCUCAGUCUCACAGCGCCUCCUCAGGCAUGUCCUCAGUGUCACAGCGUCUCCUCAGGCAUGUCCUCAGUCUCACAGCGCCUCCUCAGGCAUGUCCUCAGUCUACCAGCGCCUCCUCAGGCAUGUCCUCAGUCUCACAGCGCCUCCUCAGGCAUGUCCUCAGUGUCACAGCGUCUCCUCAGGCAUGUUCCUCAGUCUCACAGCGCCUCCUCAGGCAUGUCCUCAGUCUCACAGCGCCUCCUCAGGCAUGUCCUCAGUGUCACAGCGCCUCCUCAGGCAUGUCCUCAGUCUCACAGCGCCUCCUCAGGCAUGUCCUCAGUGUCACAGCGCCUCCUCAGGCAUGUCCUCAGUCUCACAGCGCCUCCUCAGGCAUGUCCUCAGUGUCACAGCGCCUCCUCAGGCAUGUCCUCAGUGUCACAGCGCCUCCUCAGGCAUGUCCUCAGUGUCACAGCGCCUCCUCAGGCAUGUCCUCAGUGUCACAGCGCCUCCUCAGGCAUGUCCUCAGUGUCACAGCGCCUCCUCAGGCAUGUCCUCAGUCUCACAGCGCCUCCUCAGGCAUGUCCUCAGUGUCACAGCGUCUCCUCAGGCAUGUCCUCAGUCUCACAGCGCCUCCUCAGGCAUGUCCUCAGUGUCACAGCGCCUCCUCAGGCAUGUCCUCAGUCUCACAGCGCCUCCUCAGGCAUGUCCUCAGUGUCACAGCGCCUCCUCAGGCAUGUCCUCAGUGUCACAGCGCCUCCUCAGGCAUGUCCUCAGUGUCACAGCGCCUCCUCAGGCAUGUCCUCAGUGUCACAGCGCCUCCUCAGGCAUGUCCUCAGUGUCACAGCGCCUCCUCAGGCAUGUCCUCAGUGUCACAGCGCCUCCUCAGGCAUGUCCUCAGUCUCACAGCGCCUCCUCAGGCAUGUCCUCAGUCUCACAGCGCCUCCUCAGGCAUGUCCUCAGUCUCACAGCGCCUCCUCAGGCAUGUCCUCAGUCUCACAGCGCCUCCUCAGGCAUGUCCUCAGUGUCACAGCGCCUCCUCAGGCAUGUCCUCAGUGUCACAGCGCCUCCUCAGGCAUGUCCUCAGUGUCACAGCGCCUCCUCAGGCAUGUCCUCAGUCUCACAGCGCCUCCUCAGGCAUGUCCUCAGUCUCACAGCGCCUCCUCAGGCAUGUCCUCAGUCUCACAGCGCCUCCUCAGGCAUGUCCUCAGUCUCACAGCGCCUCCUCAGGCCUGGGGAGAAGUGCAUCUUUUAGUUCCAGUCACUUUACUUGUUUUCCUUUUCCAGUUCAAAUGCUGCGGCAGCAACAGUUCCUCAGACUGGGCGGCCAGCGAGUGGAUCCGCUCCCAGGCCGGCCAGGGCAGGCUGGUCCCAGACAGCUGCUGUAAGACCCCCACCCCCAUGUGCGGAGAGAGAGACCACCCCUCCAACAUCUACAAGGUGGAGGUGAUCAUCCUGCUGUACCUGGCCGACUGGAUGGUGCACUGGAUGUGGGGCCGUGGGAUGGACCCCGACAACUUCUCCAUUCCGUACCUCACGGCUCUGGGGGACCUCCUGGGGACCGGCUUCUUGGCGCUUUGCUUCCACGUGCGCUUCUUCCUCGGAGACAAGGAUAGCAACGUUGGGAACUGA